AUGUCCAAGCCUUCGGAUCACAUCAAGCGCCCCAUGAACGCCUUCAUGGUUUGGUCCCGGGGGCAGCGUCGGAAGAUGGCCCAGGAGAACCCUAAAAUGCACAAUUCGGAGAUUAGUAAGCGCCUCGGGGCCGAGUGGAAGCUGCUGUCCGAGGCCGAGAAACGCCCGUACAUAGACGAAGCCAAGAGGCUGCGCGCCCAGCACAUGAAGGAGCACCCCGACUACAAGUACCGGCCCCGCCGCAAGCCUAAGAACUUGCUCAAGAAGGACAGGUAUGUCUUCCCUUUGCCUUACCUCGGGGAUACCGACCCCCUCAAGGCGGCAGGGCUCCCCGUGGCAGCCACAGACUCUCUGCUCGGCUCCCCGGAGAAGGCGAGGGCCUUCCUGCCCCCCACCUCCGCACCUUACUCUUUACUUGACCCCAGCCAGUUCAGCUCCAGCGCCAUCCAGAAGAUGACCGAGGUGCCCCACACCUUAGCUACCAGCACUCUGCCCUACGCCUCAACCUUGGGAUACCAGAAUGGGGCUUUUGGCACCUUGAGUUGCCCGAGCCAGCACACCCACACUCACCCGUCGCCAACCAACCCAGGCUACGUGGUGCCUUGUAACUGUUCGGCUUGGUCUGCGUCCAGUUUGCAGCCUCCUGUUGCCUACAUAUUAUUCCCGGGCAUGACCAAGACUGGAAUAGACCCCUAUUCUUCAGCGCACGCUACAGCCAUGUAACACACAAACCAAACUCCCACUGGCAGUCCCACACAUUGCAGGCGACUGGAAUCUGUAUGGAGCCAGCGAGACUGGCCAAAGGAAGAAAUCGGAAGCCGAUCGUUGUGCAUGUACCAUACCGAACUCCAGAAACAAACAAUCCGCCUAACCGAAAAGCCACUUGAGCGUGGAAAGAUGCCCUGGGGAAUCUCUUCCACCUGGGCAAAG